UUUUCUUUUACAGGGAACCGCGAGCUGGAAACGAAGCACUCCGAGAAGAGGCGGCAGCAGCAGAAGGCGAGGAAGAAAACAACACGUUGAAGAAGAAGAAGAAGGUAAAGCACAGUCGUGAUUGAAACGAAACAAGAAGAACCAGAGAGAGAGAGAGAGAGAGAGAGAGAGAGAGAGAGAGAGAGAGAGUUGGAUGGAUUCGACGUCGCGAUCAUACGGCCGCACCCCCACAAACCUCCCUUCCUUUUACCUAAUCUAUCUUCGUUGACGUUCCCGAUUGGUACGCGCGUCGGGGCGGAGGGGUCGGUGCGCUAUCCGGCAUGGUGGAUUCCUCCGCCUAGGGGAAUUGAUCCCACCCCCACUCUUCCACUCGGGAGGGGUUGAUCUCUUUUCUUGUGUUUUUUAUUCUUGACGCGCCGGUCGCUGAUCUCCGAAGAGGGAUUGGGGCGGACGAGCUGAAACGAGUUACUCAUCUGUGGAUCUGUUAGCUUGUGACUUUUAUGUCUUGGCAGUAGAAGAGGAGCUCAUAUCUACUCUCGCAUUCAUAUGAACAUUUCUUUGGAAUCUAUUGCAGGUGCAAGUAUGAGCUAUGAGCAUGGUGAAAGUCAUGCUGAGAAGGUUCUCUCAAACGGAGAUGUCUAUGUUGGAGAUUUUAAUGGUUUGCUUCCUCAUGGAAUGGGGAGAUAUACAUGGUUGAAUGGAACUAUCUAUGAUGGUCAAUGGGAGAAAAACAAAAUUACUGGCAGAGGAAAGAUACUCUGGCCAUCAGGAGCUGCAUAUGAAGGUGAAAUUAGUGGAGGUUUCCUCCAUGGAUCUGGCAGUCUUUUUGGAUUUGAUGGAUCAGUUUAUAAAGGUUCAUGGAUGAUGAACAGACAACAUGGAAAGGGAAUCAAAACUUACUCUAAUUUAGAUGAAUAUGAUGGUUUCUGGAGGGAAGGGUUGCAAGAAGGUUUCGGCACACACAAAUGGAGUAAUGGAAACACUUAUAGUGGAAAUUGGAAGUCUGGGAAGAUGAGUGGUAAAGGGGUCAUGAAGUGGUCAAAUGGUGAUCUCUUUGAUGGUGAUUGGUUAGAUGGAUUAGAAAAUGGAUCUGGCUAUUAUAAAUAUGCUGAUGGGUCACUUUAUGUUGGAAUCUGGAGCAGAGGGCUAAAAGAUGGACAUGGAACCUUUUUUCCAACUGGAAGCAGAACACCUUGUCAACUUACUUGUUCUAAAUCUAUUGUGUGUGGUAAUAAAGUGCAAAGUCUUGGUCCUGCUUCAUUUUUUAGUAAUGAAGGACCCGUGAGUAAAAUGUUGUCUAAAAGAAGCACAGUCAAUAGAUGGAGCAUGAAUGGUUGUCUCCGAAGUACUAAACGGAUAUCACAUAGGCCGUCUUCCCUUGAUGGCAUCUGGAAUGUUAAUGAUGCUUGUGUUAGCAGUUCAUCGGAGAACACAUCUCGUACAUUAUGUUCAACUGAUGAAAGUCAACUUGAGCUCCUAGAUGACAGAAUUUUAGUUUACGAUAGAGAGUACAUGCAAGGAGUUUUAAUAACAGAAAGAAUGAGAUAUUGUGACUUUGGAAGACCACAAAGGGCUAAAUGGCACUGCAAAAUGAGCAAGCAACCAAAGAGACCUGGUGAAACUAUUUACGGAGGUCACAGGAGCUACUAUCUGAUGCUAAACUUGCAACUUGGAAUUAGGUACACGGUUGGGAAAAUCACACCCGUGCCUAUGCGUGAAGUCCGUUCUUCGGAUUUUGGGCGUCGAGCUAGAAUACAAAUGUACUUCCCGAGCAGAGGCUCCCAAUUUACGCCUCCACACAACUCGGUGGGUUUCUUUUGGAAGGACUACUGUCCAAUGGUUUUUAGGAACCUUCGUGAAAUGUUCAAGAUAGAUGCUGCUGACUAUAUGAUGUCGGUAUGUGGAGGUGACGGUCUCAAGGAGCUUUCUUCUCCAGGAAAAAGUGGCAGCAUCUUUUAUCUUUCACAGGAUGAAAGAUUUUUAAUAAAGACCCUCAGAAAAUAUGAACUUAAGAUUCUACUGAAGAUGCUUCCCAACUAUUAUGGUCAUGUUGGAGCUUAUGAGAAUACCCUGAUAACAAAAUUUUUUGGUCUCCAUAGACUGACCAUAAAAGGAAGGAAGGUUCGCUUUGUUGUUAUGGGGAAUAUGUUCCGCACAGAACUGCGAAUUCACCGUCGGUAUGACUUGAAGGGUUCAUCUCAUGGGAGAUCUACAAGCAAGCAUAAUAUUAAUGAGAACACAACAUUGAAAGAUCUUGACCUCUCAUAUGUCUUCAAUUUAGAGAAAUCAUGGCGUGAGUCGCUUUUUAGACAAAUCUCUCUAGAUUGCAAGUUCCUAGAAUCACAAUCUAUAAUUGAUUAUAGCAUGUUGUUGGGACUGCAUUUUAGAGCUCCUGAACAUCUGAAGGCUUAUUCAAAAUCUCAGAAUUUACUGAAGCAUAGUGCAAAUUCAGCAGAUGAUAACGCUGAUAUUCAAUUACGUGAUGAAGUCAAAACUCCACCAAAGGGUUUACGCUUGGUCGCUCAUGAACCAAGUUCCGUCAGUAGCCUGCCAGGUUCACACAUACGAGGCAGCACCUUAAGAGCAUCUGCAGCGGACAAUAAGGAAGUUGAUCUUCUUUUGCCUGGUACAGGAAGGUUGCGUGUACAACUAGGGGUGAACAUGCCAGCUGAAGCUAAUUGGAAGCCUCUUCACAACAAAGGGCUACAUUCAGCAGAAUUUAAUCCUGUUGAGGUCUAUGAUGUUGUUCUCUAUUUUGGGAUCAUAGACAUAUUGCAGGAGUACAACAUGACGAAGAAAUUUGAACAUUGCUGCAAAUCACUCAAGUGCGACCCGCUAUCGAUCUCUGCUGUUGCACCAAAGAUGUAUUCAAAACGAUUUGUUGAGUUCCUGGAGAAAGUUUUCCCUGAUUAGAUAUGCAGCGGAGGAAAACCUUCUAUCCGGUUGACAAUCUUUCUCAAAAGUUUUGUGUAGCAUCCUGCAAUCUGUCAGUUGGUGGAAGAAGCUUGGUAAAUGAUUGUAUCUAUUCCUAUUUGUUGUAUGCAAAUGACAGAAUAAUUCCAUAGUUCAAAUAAUAUGUUCUCAGGUGGUUCAUUCCUCCGGUAUAAA